UUGGUCCUUUUUAUGGUGUCAAGCUUUUCUCGUGUUUUUACCUACUGCGCGGGCGUCAAGCGGCGAAGCGCGGCGUCUGAGGCAUGAUUCUAUGAUCACUAGUGUUGCUGCGGAGGCUAAGCCAACCAGUAUUUCUCAGCGGCUGCGAGCCGGACCUUUUUUUUUUGCGAUGCUGGAACCUGCAUGCACUAAUCCUCUGCUGGGCCUGGCCGUGCGCCAGCCGCGGAAUCUAUAGGGUUUGAAGUUGGCUGUCGCUUCCUUGAUACGACAGCUACGCAAUAUUAAAAGUUGGCGGGCGACAGACGGCGACACGCGGCGCCACAGCUGCAAAACCAGCCUCCCCGCACGCACCUCAUACGUACCCGUGGCCCCGAGAGCGUUGUAGCCAAGGCGCGGAGACAAAGCUGAGUAACCUAAGAAACGACGCGGAGCGUUGGAGUGAUUUAUAGCGGUCGGCGUGUCGGGAUGAGCGGCACGCGACUCCCGCCGAACCUCGGCGCCCACUCGCGCCGCGUCACGGAGCUCUUCAGACCACUGCCGCUGGCCGAGCGUCUAGCCGACUCCUUGAUCUUGCUCCUCCGAUACCUCGACGCCGCCGGAAUCGCCGCAUACGCGUCGACGGCGAAAGGUAGCCGCCACUGCCUCAGGCUCGCGCCGCUGCUCGCCUACGAGGCGGCGGCGCGGUGCACGAGCGUCGAGACGCCGUCGACGGAACCGCUCGUGCGCUACGCGCCCGAGUUCUUGAGCCGGCCGGAGUGCGAGGCACUCAUCGCUCUGGGUCGAGUCGCGUCCUCGUCCCCUUUCGGCGGCCGCGUCGGCGCGCGGAGACUCGGCGCGAAACACUACGUACAGCUCGGCCUCGCGCCAGAGUUCCACCCGGACGGCCUGACGCGGCUCCUCGCGUCGAUCGACCGCCGCGCGCGCUCCCUCACCGGCUGUCCGGCCGGCGACGCGUUCGAGCUCAACUUUACGCCCGCGCGGCGCGAGGUCGGACCGCGUACCGCGGCGGAGGCGGGCGUCACGCUUGACUCGGCUGUCUGGUGGUUGAGCUCCGGCGGUGUGCACGUCGACUCCAAUAACGGGUUCCCGCACCGCUACGCGACAGUACUCGCGUACCUGAACGACACGUCGGGUGGUGCGACGUGUUUUCCCGCAGCCGGGACCGCGCGCGCGGCCAAGGACGCGGCCGUGAGACUCCUCGCCGCCGGCUACACCCACACCGACGCUGCGGUGAGACAAGACGACGACGAGGGGGCGUUUGAUGACGCAUGCACGCUCCUGGAAAGCGGCUCUCGACUCAUGCUCGACGAUGUCCCCGCGACGACGACGCGAGGACCGCACGGCGGCGUGCGGGUCCAGCCGAAGGCCGGCGCCGCUGCUUGUUUUUGGUCCCUCGGAGAUGACGGCGCGGUCGACCCCGCCUCGUGGCACGGCGGCGCGCGCGUCGUCGGCGGCGAGGACGGGCCCUCGUACUUCGAAAACGGCAAGUGGACGCUGCAGUCGUUCCGCCAGCUUCCCGAGACCAAACGCGACGCGGACCGGGCCGACUUCGUGCGGCGCAGCAGGCGCCGGGAAGGCGGGGAGGGCGGCGGACUGCGCUGGGAGCUCGUGUAAGAAUGUACUUG